ACAAACUGCCGCAGAGACAAAGCUCUGACUUCAGUUCAAUGCCCGACGUGUAGCGAGAUUAACAAAAUUUGUUGUGACAACAUUGCUGUUUUACAUGGUUAGCAAGCAGCUCUGUAGCCAAGGCUAAUAAGGCCUGAGAAGGAGUCACUUGGAGGCAGAGGACUACUCUCGCUGGAAAAGAGCCCGGAGGAGGAUAGCUCACCUAAUGAUCCCACAUGAAUGAGAUGUCCGAUCAAUUGGACUGUAAUGCUUUGUCGAAUGGCACAGAAACACCGACGGAGGGCGGCAAGAUAGUCUUCACUCUGCUGUACUGUGUGAUCAUCACGCUUGGGCUCCUCUUCAACGCAGUGGCCCUGUGGAUUUUCCAGCAUCACAUCCAUCAGAGAUCUGGGACCACAGUCUACAUGAGGAACCUGGCGAUUGCCGACCUGUUGCUCGUUUGUUUCCUGCCCUUCCGCAUCACUGACUAUUACUACAUCAACAACAACCAUAGCAGGUUGCUGUGCGAGAUCUCCGUGAUCAUCUUCCUGGUCAACAUGUAUGCCAGCAUCUUCUUCCUCACUUGCAUUAGCCUGGAUCGCUGUGUGGCUACUGUACUACCCUUGAAGGUGCGCAUUUGGCACCUACACAAGGCAGCUCCCUGGGUGAGUGGGGUGGUUUGGCUGUUGACAGUGGGUUCUAGCUUUCCUCCAUACCUCAAGUGGAAAGUAAAAUGUCCAAACUCCAACAGCAGCAAUUGCCUGCAGCCCAUUGUCCUCACGGAGAAGCUGCCCCUAGUCUUCACCCUCACAAUAGGCUUCGGGCUCCCCUUCUGUUUGGUGCUGACCUGUUCAGUCCUGGCCCUGGUGAAAGUGAGAAAAGCCUGCAGCUCCCAAGCUCAGAAUGCCCGCAAAACCCAGAAGAUGAUCCUGUCCAAUUUGCUUGUGUUCACCUUCUGCUUUCUGCCCUACCACCUGCUGCUAAGCCUCUACAAAGCCCUGAACCUCCACUCACACCCGUCGGGGCUAAAGCUCUUUCAGGCGAUGCAGCUCCUUGCCAGCACCAACGCCGUCUUGGACCCCAUGGUUUAUUACUUCGUAACGGAAGACUUUCAGAAAACCCAAGUGAUGAGGACAGUGUACAACAUGGUGCGGUGCAAGUGUAACAGUGAGGAAGAAGUGCCAAGGGAGAGCUGUGAGGAGCACAAGGGGACUUACAAAAAAACAUCUCAAUCAGGCCUCUUUAAAUAACGGCAUGUAAUAAUCCCUCAUUGUGCAUUAUUUUUAAAACAGAAGUUG